AUGCCAGAAGCAGAAUUUGAUGAAAGCAAAGUUGACUUGAGUGAGUUGGACUUGUCGGACUUGGAGAAAAAGUACCAAGUGAGACCUCCAAAAGGGUUCCUUGACAAAUUUGUCGUUUGUGACGGCACACCAGUUGCACCAGAAUCCAAGGCAGUAAUCUUGAAGAAGGUUCUCGCAAAGCUGUUCAGCCAAUGUGGAAAGGUGGUCCGUCUGGAUGUUCCAGUCAAAGACGGUAAGACCGCGGGUUACGUGUUUGUUGAAUUUGUGAAUCCGCAGAUGGCAUUGAAUGCAGUGAGACAUUUGAACGGCAAGAAGUUGGACGUCAGGCACCGACUUCUGGUGAACAAGAUCAGCGACAUCGAGAAGUACGUUCUUUCGGGAAAGGUGAAGGACGAGUUCCAGGAGCCGGAGAUCCCCGAGUUCAAGAGUCAUGGAUAUCUGAAGUCGUAUCUCAUGGAUCCUGCAGGAAGAGACCAGUAUUUGACGCACUACAACGAGGAUGUUUCGAUCUCGUGGUUCAAGAAGAACUUGAACCCUGAGCCGGUCAUUGAGCCGAGAUCCCAGUGGACUUCCACAUUCAUGAAGUGGUCUCCACACGGUACAUACUUGUUUUCGAUGUUUCCAAACGGUGUUCAGUGCUGGGGAGGCGAGAAUUUCGAGAGAAUCAGUAGGUUCGUUCACCCAGGUGUCCGCUUGAUCGACUGCUCGCCAAAUGAGAAGUUUCUGGUGACAAUUUCGCCGGAACCAAUCACUCUUCCACCUGAAGGACACCCUGCAAGAGCAAGCUUCCCAUUCACGCCGGAAAGUGCAGGCCACAAGCUUGUAAUCUGGGAUAUCCAGACGGGUAUUGCCGUCAAGACAUUCCCAUUGCCGCAGAACUUGGAGCACCAGGCCUCGAUGCCUUGGCCGUUGAUCAAGUGGUCGUUUGAUGACAAGUACUGCGCGCGUAUGGGACCAGAUGCCAUUGCUGUUUAUGACGUGGAGAAGGAUUUCAGUCUUCUCGACCGGAAGUUGGUCAAGAUCCCGGGCCUAGUGGACUUCAGCUUUGCUCCGGGUGGUGUCAAGUUGGCCGCUAACAGGAAAAACGCACCUGCAGAGGCCAUUCUUGCAUACUGGACUCCGGAGCAAUCCAACAAGUCUGCCAAGGUGGCCGUGAUGCAGAUUCCAUCCCGGAGUGUGCUCAGGACCGUCAACAUGGUCCAGGUGAGUGACUGCAGGCUCUUCUGGCAGCAGCAGGGCAAGUAUCUGUGCUGCUGUGUGACCAGGCACACGAAAUCCAAGAAGACAAAGUUCUCGAGCUUGCAGAUCUUCCAGUUGGAGGAGAGAGACAUCCCGGUCGAGACGAUUGAGGUUCAUGAUGUGGUUCUCACGAUGGGCUGGGAGCCAAUAGGAAAGCGGUUCAUCACGGUUUCGCAGAACGAUUCUCCGGAUGUCAACCCGGCCUACUUGAUGAACAACAUCACCUUUUACGAUACAGAGACGCAGAAGAAGGGCAGGGGCGUUCUGGUGCCGAUCAAGAGAUGGAUCUCAUUCAAGACGAUCAACAACAAGUUCAUCAACUGCGUGAAGUUCUCGCCUAAGGGCAGAUUUGCCGCGCUAGCCACGUUGAGGGAGGGAAAAGGUGCCGUUGACUUCUUCGACCUCGAUUUUGACGGUGAGAAGCCCAAGGACCAGUCCAACAAGGUUUCGUCCAACGCCAAGUUCUUGGUCUCGAGGCAGUUUGACGGAAUGACGAACAUCGAGUGGGAACAGUCCGGAAGAGCAGUUGCCGCAUGGUCCUCGUCCUGGAAGCACUCGUUGGAUAACGGAUACAAGAUCUACGACAACACGGGAAGUGUGUUGGGUGAGAAGGCAGUGGAUGGAUUCAAGGAGUUCCAGUGGAGACCAAGGCCAAAGUCGUUGUUGACGAAUUCCGACAAGAAGAAGGUCAGAAAGAGCUUGAAGGAGUACUCGGCACAGUUCGAGGAAGAGGAUGCCAUGGAGGCCAAUGCCGAGUUGAGGGAGCAGAUCCUGAGAAGAAAGAAGUUGCUCCAGGACUGGUACACUUGGAGAGAAUCACUACAUGCCAAACUCAACGAUUUGCACUUGCAGGCACAUCACGAUACUGGCAAGGUUGAGGUGAUCGAGGAGAUGAAGGAGGUUGUUUUGGAGGAGAAGGAGGAGGUUGUUGAGUGA